UGGAGGUGGGUUUCGAGGAGGAGAUAUGACUGGAAGCAACAUUAGCCAUGACACGGCCGACGCCCGUUCGGCGGAUGAGGACGACAACCUCGAGUCCGGGGGCGACGACAUGGUCAACCCUGCGGGCUCCGACAUCAGGUUCAUCGAUUCAGCAGGCGCGGACUUCCUAUCGACAGGUGGGGACAUCGAGUCUAGGAGGUCUGACAUCGAGUCCGGGAGCUCGGGCGUCCAGUCAAGAGAAGCUAUCGGGGCCGCCGGCAACUCCUCGUUGAGUGGGGAGGAGAAGCAAUCGGUGCGCACGCGUAGCGUUCUGCUCCUUGUGCACGUAAUUUUUUUUGUUUGUGUUCCGUGUGUGACGAUUAAGGGUUAG